AUGGCCUCCAAUCCUCCCGCUGCCUGCUGUGCCUCUGGUUUCAAGCACGAAGGUACUCCCGUUGGCGAGAUCAAGAACAUCGACGGAGUUGAAACCUACUUCGUCUACCCUAAGGACAAUAAGACCCCCGAGAAGGCCAUUAUCUUCCUGAGCGAUAUCUUCGGCAUUUUCACCAACGCCCAAAUCCUUGCCGAUGAGUAUGCCAACAAUGGUUACCUGACCAUCAUUCCGGAUCUUUUCCAGGGCGACAAGAUCAGCGUUAGCGACAUGCAAUCUGGCAAGGCCGAUCUGGCUUCAUGGCUCCCCCACCACCUGCCCGAGAAGGUUGACCCCGUUGUCGAGUCGACUAUUAAGUACGCCCGCGAGACUCUCGGCGUCAAGAAGAUUGGCGCUGUUGGCUACUGCUUCGGCGGUAAGUACGUCUGCCGCUUCCUCAAGCCCGGCCAGGUUGAUGUUGGCUACACUGCACACCCCUCGCUCAUUACCCACGAGGAGCUCGGCGCCAUUAAGGGCCCCCUGUCUAUUGCCGCUGCUCAGACCGACUCCAUCUUCACUACCCAGCUUCGUCACGAGUCCGAGGAGAUUCUUAUUAAGGCUGAUCAACCGUGGCAGAUCAACCUGUUCAGCGGUGUCAACCACGGCUUCGCUGUGCGCGCUGAUCUGAGCGACCCCAAGCAGAAGUGGGCGAAGGAGCAGGCUUUCUGCCAGGCCAUUGUCUGGUUUAACGAGCACCUGUAA